AUGUAUAUUGUGCCGUUAAUUGUUGCGAUUCUAGGCGUCUUGGCACUCCAGGCGCCAAUUGCUCAAGCCGAAUGCUGCCAUGAUGCCAAGAUUGUCGUCUACAGAUUAGAAAGCGACUCCUGUGGCGAAAUUGGUGGGCAUAGACUGAAGGAUGGCACCUGUAGCAUCAAGAUCUGUGCCAAUGGUAUGGACGUAAAGGGAACCUAUUGUGGUAAAGAAUCUUGCAAUAUGUUCGGUUGCAACUGUGAUUACGGCUGUAUGGAAGGAAACUGGGAGCACACCUUCAAAGAGCGCUAUGCUCAUCUCAAUCUGGACAUCAUUGAAGCACGCUGGUCAUACGUAGGAGUAAUGUCAGCACUAAGCGCAGAAUAA